AUGGCCUUGGCGAAAUUUUUUCAAAAAGAACUAGGACUUCAACCGAUUACCUUGAAAGAUCUUCGUGAAAACGUAAUUACAAGGAAGAACGUAUGUUUAUGUAACGAAUCUGAAUCUCUGGCAAUGAAUAUGAGGAAAUUAUUAAAAACGGGAACUUUACAUAAUUCUGGUUGGAUUUUAGUUGAUGUGCCUAGAACGAAGCAAGAAGCUCGAGCUUUUCAACGGCUUGGCAUAAUACCCACACAUAUUUUUCAAAUCAUAAUGUCAAAUGAUUUAGGUGAAAAAAUUUCUGAAAAGACGAUUUCUAAUUACCAUUUUGUCAAUAAUGAUAUACACAAUAAUAUUAACAACGUGGAAAUGCAAAAGUAUAAAAAGAAUCUUCGUGGACUACGGGAAGCUUAUGCCAAUUGUUUAAUUGAGAUCGAAAUCGGUAUUAGAUCGAUCGAAGAAUUAGGAAGGGAUUGUAUAGCAUUAACGAAAAUAAAAAAACAUUCUGGAGCACCUUCUCUUUUUCGAAUUGUUCUAAUUGGUUUUCGAGGUUCAGGAUGUCGUACUUUAGCCAAGUAUCUUACAAAAAGAUUCGAUCUUAUACACAUGGACUUUAAUUACAUUAUGAAACAAGUACGUCUACAAGAAACACCUAUAGGUGAAGUAUUACGAUCAUUUGAACAUAAAUGGGGAGAAAAACCAAAGCCUGAAAUAAGAAUAAAAAUAAUUGACAACUACAUAAAUAAACCUGAAUGUUUAAAUAGAGGAUGGGUUUUAACGAGUUAUCCAAUUACUGUGGAAGAUUUUAAACUCUUGGAUAUGAUCGAUACACCCCCAAAUAAGGUAAUUUUUGUCGAAGUUAAUGCAGACAUACGUAAAGAGAGACUUUUAAAUCGCCGAUACAAUGUUAUCACUGGAAGUAAACAUAAUAUUACUUCGAACGAUAACAGCAAAAAUUCUGACUUAGGCGUACACCCUGACGAUUAUAUUAAUGUCGUCACAAAAGAAAUAUCUCAAUACGAUGAUAACGUCUUAGAAAUGUUGAAAUAUGCCGGUGAAUCUGCUUUUAUAAUCGAUGGAAAUGCCGAUGAAAGAUCAGUCAGAGAAAGCGUAGAGGGUUGUUUGAUGCAAUCAAAGAUAUAUAAUGAACCUAGACAACCAAGGCAAACACCAGUGAUUGAUCCAUGUGACGUAGAAUAUAAUCCGGAAGAUGAAUUUGAUAUAAGUAUUUUUGAUACGAUAAUGCCACCUGAAUUUAAAUAUGCUUUUAUAUAAAUUAUAUCUUUUUUUUUUUUUAUUCAACUAUAAUAAUAAAAUUAGCACAAAUAGAGAGAAAGAAAGAGAUAGAGAGAGAAAGAAAUUAAAUUUACAAGAAAAUAUUAAUAAUAAUUUUUUGCUUUUAAUUUUGACGAUACAUCAGUUUAUACGACUACCCUUCGAUGAUAUCAUAAAUCAAUUCGUAUACAUAUUCUCUAUACAUGUACAAAGAGGGUGCAGAGAAGAAGAGCACCUUCUUUGGUGAUUCUACUACCCUGGCAAGCGAAGCAUCCCGUUUUCGUAACGUCACUCGAUGUUAUAUAUAUAGAGAUAACCUUCAUAGUUGAAGGAAAUCGGAACGAUAGUCUGUUUUC